CACCUCCUCUGCCAAAUCCCAUUGUGCAAGAGGGGUUAUUCUUCAGCCUUGCAAGGAUUUCACUUUGUGGGUUCCUUUUUCGCUUGAUCUCUGAGACUUGGCAGAGGCUGCAAGAAGUGCAAUGGAAAAUUAACCAUCAUGCAUUACCAGGACAAAGCUCUGCUGCAGUCCAGUGUCCAGCUUGCAGGAAAGCAACCAGCUGGCAUCCCACCUCUGUUUAAUGGCUUUAGCUUCCCUGUUUUUCUUAUGCUUUGAACACUUCAGGACGUACAGCAUAGUUUAGCAAAUGGAGCUGCAUAGCAGUGUUGGGAGGCUCUGGGAAGCAAGUGUUUGGUUCGAUGCUGAGCGAGGCAUUGCCUGCAGAAGAAAAAAGGAAUCUGUGAGCAGAAACACCUUCCCAACUUGUAACAGCAGUGCUAUUAGGGCACGUUUUUCUCAGAAAACGAUUAUUAAACAAUUGCCAGAGGUUCGUUGGAGGCGUAAUGACCACGUGGAUGCUGUGAAAUGAACAACUUUCCGUGCUGCCAGGAGCACCUCCCUUCCUGUCCUUGGGUGGCUGCUGUGGCUCCGACGUGAAGCAGUAUGUGUAUGGCGGCUGGGCCUGGGCCUGGUGGUGCAUUACAGACACCCAGAGCAGCAACAGCAGCAGCAGCAGCAGGACAACAUAAAAGCUAAUGGUUUUCUAAUGGGACAGCGAACAUCUCAGCACCUUCCUCUCCUACCCCUCCUCUGGCAUUUGCUCUGGGGUGCACCCUGCAGUGUGUAGGAUUUCCCUAGAGAUAAUGACGUUACAGCCCAGGUGUGAGGACGUAGAGACGGCGGAGGGGGUAGCUUUAACUGUCACAGGUGUGGCACAGGUGAAGAUAAUGACCGAGAAGGAGCUCCUGGCUGUGGCCUGUGAGCAGUUCUUGGGGAAGAACGUGCAGGAUGUGAAGAACGUGGUCCUUCAGACACUGGAGGGGCAUCUGCGCUCCAUCCUAGGCACUCUGACGGUGGAGCAGAUCUACCAGGACAGGGACCAGUUUGCCAAGCUGGUGCGAGAGGUGGCAGCUCCAGACGUGGGUCGCAUGGGUAUCGAGAUCCUGAGCUUUACCAUCAAGGAUGUCUAUGAUAAAGUGGAUUACCUGAGCUCCCUGGGAAAGACUCAGACUGCGGCUGUCCGAAGGGAUGCAGACAUUGGUGUGGCAGAAGCUGAGCGGGAUGCUGGCAUUCGGGAGGCAGAGUGCAAGAAGGAAAUGCUGGAUGUCAAGUUCAUGGCAGAUACUAAAAUAGCAGAUUCCAGGCGUGCCUUUGAACUGCAGAAAGCUGCCUUCACUGAGGAGGUCAACAUUAAGACAGCUGAGGCCCAGCUGGCCUACGAGCUGCAGAGUGCCCGGGAGCAGCAGAAGAUCCGCCAGGAGGAGAUAGAAAUCGAGGUGGUGCAACGCAAGAAGCAGAUCGACGUCGAAGAGAAGGAGAUCAUCCGGAAGGAGAAAGAGCUGAUAGCCACUGUGAAGCGGCCGGCUGAGGCCGAAGCUUACCGCAUCCAGCAGAUCGCCGAGGGGGAGAAGGUAAGGCAAGUCCUCCUGGCUCAGGCGGAGGCGGAGAAGAUCCGCAAGAUCGGAGAAGCUGAGGCCUUUGUGAUUGAGGCCAUCGGGAUGGCGGAGGCUGAGAGGAUGAAGCUGAAGGCAGAAGCGCUCCAGAGCUACGGGGAAGCUGCCCAGCUGGCUCUGGUGCUGGAUGCACUGCCUGAGAUUGCUGCCAAAGUGGCUGCUCCGCUCUCCAGAGUGGAUGAGAUCGUUGUUCUCAGCGGGGAGAGCAGCAAUGUGACAUCUGAGGUGAACCGCCUGCUGGCCGAGAUCCCCGCCUCUGUGCGUGCCAUCACCGGUGUGGACCUCACAAAGAUUCCCCUGAUCCAGAAAGCCACUGGGGCCCAGGCAUGAGACCCAAAGCGUGUGAAGAUCACUCCCUGUUAUGCACUCCGACAUCAACUGCCUUCAACACUUGGGAAUUCCUUUUAUAUCAGAGACAAUUGGAGUUUCGUUUUUAAGCUCUGGUGCCUUAUUUUGUAGGGCCAGAAAGAUGCAUGUUCAAUCAGCCGCUCUUUUUGUUACAAAGGGUGGGAGGAGAUUUAUUUUCUAACUAAUUGUAUAUUGUAUCCAGCCGGUGUUUGGCUCUGAUCCACGGUUAGGACUGGCAGCUUGUCUGGUGUUGCUGUUCUCUGUCCUCAGGAGCUCGCAGCAAGGGCUCAGCAAGAUGUGUGCAGGCACCAGGACCUGCUCUGGGCUCCCUGCCCUCCCACUGCGACCCUAUGGGGCGCUGCCCAGACCCUGCUGCUGCCCACAAGCUGGGUUUGUGGUUGGCUUUCCACGUCUGUUUGUCUUGCCUGCAGCCUGGGCACGGCUUCCCAAGGUGGCAAUCCCACCCUGGUCUGGUGAUGCUGGGGCACUGCCAGGGCUCAGUGCCUGCUCCCAUCUUGCCUUCCCUCAGGGAAUUUCCUGCUGGCCUCUUGCUGAGCCCUGAGCCUUGGUGCCGUGCUGCUCCCCACCCUUAGGUUCCCUGACCUCAAGGAGCGCUGCAAGGCAGCUGUGCUGCAGAAAUUCCAAAAAGCAGCAUUGUGCCAAAGCUGUUCGAUCAUACCAGAGGAAGGCAAGCCACCCAGGCUGCUGUUCCUGAGUGCCACCAUGCCUCUCACCUCUGCUAGCAGAGCAAGAGCCUGAAUGGCAUGGGAUGGCACAGGGCACUGUGAUGGGAACACGUUCCUCCUGCAGCCGACCUGCAGCACUCCUGCAAACCCCCACCCAUCUGGCAGCCCAUGGCUUUGCUGUCCCCAGAGAUGCUGUGGAAAGGUUGUCCCCUCUGUGUCCCCCGCAGUGCCACCAGUGCACUGACCUUCACCCUCUCUGUCUGUCCUGCUGCCUGUGUUUGGUGUGGCUGUGCCUAAAAACGUGUGCAUUGAAUCCCAGCUGGUGGGAUGGGAGGGGUCCCAACUUUGUGCAUCCAGUGCCACAGCUCAGUGUCACCCUGUUUGCAGAGGGGUGGCUGCUGGGUGCAGAGACCCAGGCCCACUUUGCUCUGGCAGUGCCACUGGUGCUGCAGUGUCACCUCAUUGCUGUACGGGAGGGGCCAGGCCUUAUCAGCCCCCAGCUUGUGGCUGCCAACCCCGAUCUGGUGCUUGCUGAUGGGUGUGCCGGGCAAGGCUCCCUAUCUGUGUGUGUGUGCAUGCCUGCACCGUGUCACUGCUGUGCGAUAAUAAAGCCUGUCACCUCGUGC